AUGGCCAGGCUUACAUAUUCUGCACAAGACAGUGUUUACAAGGUGUUUGACCUGAAUAACUAUUCCAUGCUGUAUUAUUCGAUAUCAGACAAGAGUGUCCAGGAAAUUAAGAUCAGUCCAGGGAUAAUGUUACUGACUUUCAAGAGAGCUACAAGCCAUGUGCCUUUGCAGAUUCUAUCAAUCGAAGAUGGCACGCUUCUUGUCAAGCAAGAGAAUGAGAAUCUUCAGAUUCUUGACGUCCGAAACGCUGAGCAGAUACAAGUUAGCAGAACUGAAUUCAUGACACCAUCAGCAUUCAUAUUUUUGUAUGAGAACCAGUUGUUUCUAACGUUCAGGAACCGAAAUGUCUCUGUGUGGAACUUCCGCGGAGAGCUCGUGACCUCGUUUGAGGAUCACCUUCUUUGGCAUCCAGACUGUAACACAAAUAACAUCUACAUAACAAGCGAUCAGGAUAUGAUCAUCUCAUAUUGCAAGGCAGAUACUGAAGAUCAGUGGAUGGAAGGAAAUGCGGGAUCGAUUAACAUAAGCAAUAUCUUGACUGGGAAAUGCUUAGCUAAGAUGAAAGCAAACGAUGGCCCUCCAAAGGAAGAGGAGGAGGAAGAGUGCAGUAGUAGCGGUUCGAGAAACUCCAAGCAAAGGAAAACUGCGGUUGCAGAGCCGUUGGAAAACAUAACAGCUCUCUUCUAUGAUGAGGAACGUAAUGAAAUAUACCCCGGAAACAGGCACGGCUUUCUCCAUGUCUGGUCUAAUUGA